GAUUCGGACAGUUUCCCAAAGUCCUGGAUGUCGCUUGAAAAAGGCAUACAGUUAGUCACUCUCGCAACGAAUGAGGACAAAGCAAAGAAUUAUGAGCAGGCGCUCAGAUAUUACGAACAUGCAAUUGAAUAUUUCAUCCAUGCCAUUAAGUAUGAGGCUCCAAGUGAUCGAGCUAAAGAAUCUAUUCAGCUCAGUUGUGCGCGGUACCUUGACAGGGCUGAGCAAAUAAAGAAGUACAUGGCCUCAAAGUCCCGUGAAAAAAGCGAAGCAAACUCUGGUGGUACAAGGGAAAAGAAAAGAGAUGAUUCUGAUAAGGAAGACGGCGAAAACUCACGUUUUCAACUUCAGUUGCAAGGAGCGAUAGUGACUGAAAAACCUAAUAUCAGCUGGGAUGAUGUCAUUGGUCUACAGUCAGCAAAGGAAGCUUUGAAGGAAGCGGUGAUUCUACCUAUAAAGUUUCCACACCUGUUCACUGGAAAGCGUACUCCUUGGAGAGGGAUUCUUCUUUACGGCCCACCUGGAACUGGUAAAUCAUAUUUGGCCAAAGCUGUUGCAACCGAAGCAAACAAUUCAACGUUUUUAUCCGUUUCAAGCUCAGAUUUGGUUAGUAAGUGGCUUGGUGAAUCUGAGAAAUUGGUGAGAUCACUAUUUGCAAUGGCUAGAGAACAAAAACCAAGUAUAAUCUUCAUCGAUGAAGUUGAUUCAUUAUGCGGGUCACGUAAUGAUAAUGAGUCCGAGUCUACAAGACGGAUAAAAACCGAAUUUCUUGUUCAAAUGCAAGGUGUCUGUUCGAAUAAUCAAAACGUCCUAGUGUUGGCAGCUACAAAUACUCCUUGGACUUUAGAUUCUGCUAUACGUCGUCGUUUUGAAAAGCGUAUAUAUAUUCCCCUUCCUGAAACAGGUGAACGUGUUAGUAUGUUCAAAACGAAUCUGGGGAACAUAUUUCAUAGUCUGGUAGAGAAAGACUUUAUUGAACUUGGGGCAAGGAGCACAGGUUAUUCAGGUGCGGACAUAUCAGUUGUUGUUCGGGAAGCUUUAAUGAUGCCCGUUCGGAAGGUUCAAACGUCAACACACUUUAAAUAUGUUACUGGUCCUUCUCCUACUGAUCCAUCAAAGAUCGUCAAUGAUCUUUUAAUGCCGUGCUCCCCGGGAGAUCAUGGUGCAAUAGAAAUGGAUUGGAAAAAAGUCCCAAGUGAUAAACUUAGAGAGCCCCCAGUUGCUAUGCAUGAUAUGUUGAGUUCAUUAGAACGAAAUAAGCCAACUGUAAAUGCUGAAGAUUUAGCAAAACAUCGUAAAUUUACAGAUGAAUUUGGACAAGAAGGAUCUUGAAUUUUUCUCUCCAGAAAAAUGUUCCAUUAUUCAACGUCUUUGUUUAAAUAAAUUUUUAAAAUCACAUUUUUGAUUUGUCUCUUUCUUUCUUUCAGAAGUUACAAUAUAUAUAUAUAUAUAUAAUUUCGUCUCCGAUAAUGACUUAUUAUUUCCCCCUCUGUGUCUAUACUUUGAAAUCGUAUUGUUAUUUAUUUUCUCCCUCCUCUCUCUACACCCAUCUUCAGUGUUAUAUAUAGUUGUGGAUAUACAUAUAAAAUAGCUAUUUGCCACUCUUAACCUUCUAAAUAAUAUGUCGUCCUGUGUUUCAUUAUAACUUAACUGCGAUGAAUUACAAUCUCCAUUUUGAAUAAAAGUAUUCGUUGAAUGAUGAAAAAAGUAAUUUACAACCAUGUGAACUGAACAUCGAAAGCUGACUGCCUAUAUGUGCUACAUUCUAAUCUGUCGAAUAACGAACUUAUUUAUACAUACAGAUAAUAUUGUUGUGUAUGUGCGUGUUUGUGCAUACUAUACACGUUUCUAUAUGCUGCACUUAUUUUUUUUUCGAAAAAAUAUGAGACGAUUAAAAUAUUUCAAGCGCAGUUUCCAUGUAUCAUAUAGAAGUGCUUGAUUGGAUAGUUGUAAAAUUUGUGUUCAAGUGACUAACUUACCUUGGAGAUUUGUUUCAUCUUUUGCUCCGUUUAUACGGACCUCUUGAUAUAUAAUGUUGAGUAUAUUUUUCAUUUAGUCUUAUAAUUUUCAUUUGAUAAUAAAAAAAUAAAUACAUG